GUUUUCGAAUCGAAAUAAUGGCCCUGCUGGAAGAUAAAUUAAUUAACGGUGAUGUUGCGGGAUAUUGCAGCAGUAGCGACGAGGAUGAUAAUUCUGUUAACUCUAAGUUAACAAUUAUAAAAGAUGAGGAUGUUCAGGAAUCUAAAGUGAUGAAAAGAAUUAGAAAUACUGGUCCUAAAGGAGUAAUCGAAGAUUGGCGUAUAUUUAGAGAUGAACAAAAAAAGUUCGAAAAAUUAAAGCAACAAAAGAUUAUAGGAGAAGCAAAGCGUUGUACACUAACUGGCCAAGUAGUAGACCCCGAGUUGGAAAAUAUUCGACUUCAUAGGUUUCAACAAUUAAAAGAUUGCGCAAGCGCGAAAGGCAAAGUGAUAGAACUAAAUAGCAAAGAAGAAUAUUUGGUUGCUGUUGAGGGAACUCGAAACAGCCUAUUGCUAAUUCAUAUCUAUGAAGAUUCAAUCGAUGCCUGCAACACAUUGAAUUACGUGCUUACUUUAAUUGCUGCUCGUUACUAUUAUAUAAAAUUAGCUAAAGUGAAAGCAUCUGUAUUAAAGAUGUCAUCAAGUUUUAGUGCCAAUGCACUGCCUACUUUGCAAGUUUAUUAUAAUGAUUCACUUGUCGGUAAUUACGUGAGAAUGACGGAUUCCUUGGGCAUGAUAUCGAUCUGGCUGUGGAUCCAAAAAAGUGGUGUUCAAAUGAGUAAAAAAAGGGAAGAAAUGGAUUUUCCAAUUUCAAUUAUUAGUUGA